AUUUUGUAUUUUUUGUUUAUAAUUUAAAUUUCGAAUAUUUCGCCUAAUAAAUUAUGCUAAAACUAAUUAACACGACUCAAAAACUGCAUAGCAAAUGCUACUGCACCAUAUCUACCUCCAAAAACAACCCAUACAGUAGUACAGUGCUUUUACCCAAGACAAAACUACCUUUAAGGCUAGAAGGCGCAAAACUAGUCGAAAGAGACAAAAAUAUAAAUAAGUUAGCUACCUUAAACAACUUAUACGAAUGGCAAAAAACCCAUUUAAACAACCCUGAAUAUGUUCUUCACGAUGGGCCCCCUUAUGCCAAUGGAAAACCCCAUAUGGGCCAUGCAAUUAAUAAAAUAUUAAAAGACACUAUAUUAAGGUACAAAAUCCUCAAUAAACAAAGAGUGCAUUACGUGCCUGGAUGGGACUGCCACGGUUUACCUAUAGAACUAAAAGCAGUCUCUGAUAGUAAAAACUUAGACCCCAUACAAAUAAGAUCCAAAGCCAGUUUUUUUGCUGAUAAAACCAUCCAACAACAAAUGGAUGUAUUCAAAUCCUGGGGCGUUAUAGGAGACUGGCAAAACUCUUACAAAACCAAAUCAGUUGAUUAUGUUGAGAAUCAACUGAGACAAUUUUUGAGUUUGUAUGAAAAAGGUUAUAUUUAUAGGGAUGUUAAGCCAAUUUAUUGGAGUCCUUCUUCAAGAACAGCUCUAGCAGAAGCUGAACUAGAAUAUAAUGAAAAUCAUAUAAGCCCUAGUGCGUAUGUAAGGCUGGAAAUAAAAAAUAUUCCACAAGUUUUGAGUCUCAAGGGAAAAAAGGUUUUUGCAAUUAUUUGGACAACAACUCCUUGGACUUUACCUAGCAAUCAAGCUAUAUGUUAUAACAAUACUUUAACUUAUUGUUUAAUUAAAAAGCCUGAUUUAGAUGAUAAGGAUGUUUAUAUUGUAGCUAUGGAUUUAUUUGAUAGUUUUUGUAAAGAAACCAAUUGCGAUUAUCAACUUUUAGGGGUACAUUCAGGAGAAAUGUUAAAAGAUGCCACUUACAUUCAUCCAAUUUACAAACAAGAAAUUUGUCCAUUUUUACACUCUUCACAUGCUACAAGCACAAAAGGUACCGGAUUGGUGCAUACAGCACCUGCACACGGACCUGAUGAUUUUCUAGUUGGCAUCAAAAACAAAAUAAUCAUUAGGGAUUUGAUAACAGACGAAGGUCUUUAUAAACCUGAAGCGGGUGAAAUUUUUGCAAACAAAUUCGUCCUAACCGAUGGUAACGAACUUGUGAUGCAACAUUUAGCUGAAAAUCUUUUGCAUAAAUCUGAAAUUGUGCACAGUUGCCCUUAUGACUGGCGGACAAAAAAGCCUGUGAUAAUUAAGGCCAGCAAACAAUGGUUUAUUGAUACAAAUCGAAUUAAAAAUAGAGCUAUAGAGUUGCUAGAAUGUGUUAAUUUUAUGCCUGAAGAUAAGGGAGAUGUUUAUAAAAAGGCUUUGGUUAGUCAGCUGCAAAAGAGACCUUAUUGGUGCAUUUCAAGGCAGAGAAAAUGGGGGGUUCCUAUACCGGUUUUUUAUGGUAGAGAAACUGGGGAAAUUCUCAUUAAUAGGGACACUAUUGAACAUUUUUGUGCCCAGUUAAAAGAAUCUGGAACAGAUUUCUGGUGGAAGCUACCUUUAGAACAUCUCUUGCCUUCAAAAUAUCCUGCUAAAAAUUAUCUAAAAGGUGAAGACAUUUUGGAUAUAUGGUUCGACAGCGGUGUUUCUUGGUCUUAUGCCCUAAAAGACCCAAAAAUAGCUGACUUGUACUUAGAGGGCGUUGAUCAGUUUAAUGGCUGGUUUCAAUCUAGUCUUAUAACUUCAACAGCCCUUAGAGAUAAGGCUCCAUAUAAAAAUAUUUUUGUACAUGGAUUUGCGGUUGAUGAAAAGGGAGUGAAAAUGUCUAAAUCUUUGGGAAAUGUUGUAGAUCCUGUGGAAGUUGCUUGUGGUAAGAAAGGAGGACAGAAAGCUUAUGGAGUUGACGCUUUAAGAUGGUGGGUAGCAUGUCAUGCUAAUCAAGUCUCCCUAGCCUCAGUAAGUGAUAACAUAUUGAGCCAAUCAAAAGAUGAAAUUCAAAAAAUCCGCAGCGCAUUGAGGUUUGCAAUUGGUGCCUUAACCGACUACGAAUAUCAAGAGAGUGACUUUCAAAAAACUCAAUUCAGUGACCGCUACAUCUUACAUGAAUUAUAUGAAUUUUACCAUAAGGCAAAAUCCCAUAUAAACUCGUACAACUUCCACAAAAUCAACACCUCAUUGAUUCCACUAUUAACCAAUCAAGUAUCUGCAAUUUACUUCACUUCAAUUAAAGACAGAUUGUACUGUGAACCAGCCAAUAGCGAUUCACGAAGAUCUGCCCAAUUUACUUUACUGCAUUUGUAUUACACUGUUGCCUCUAUUGUUGGAGGAAUCUUGCCUCAUUUAAUUGAAGAGACUUACAGCUACUUGCCUCAAAAAUUAGGCCAGAGUUUUUUUACUAGUGAAAAACUAAAGCCCCAAUUAGAGUGGCAGAAUUUCGAAAUACAAAAAGCUAUGGAGAUUGUUUUGGAAGUUAGAAAAGAAGUUAAUAAGGCUGGAGGGUCUUUGAAUAGUGAGGUUGUAGUUGGAUUAAAUGGAAAUUGGAAAUUUGAUCAUCAAGACUUGAGACAUUUGUUACAAGUGGCAAACGUAGAGUUAAGGCAAACUAACAAGUUUUACGUUGAAAUAUCAAAAAGCGACAAAUUUAGUUGUCCAAGGUGUAGAUUGGUGCAGUCAUUAGUUGAAAAUGGACUUUGUUUGAGAUGCCAAAGAGUUGUAGAAGAUUUAGGUUUCAAUAAAAAAGCUAUUGCUGGUUAAAGUUUUGUAUUUUCAUUGCUGCAAUCAAAACUGCAUAAUUUUUUAUUCGAUUAACAAAACCGUUUCAUCAUAAUCAUGAUAGGGAUUAUCUUGUCUUUUGAAAUAAUGAAUGAUUUACCUCACAUACAUUUGUUGCAACUUUUAUUUUUAAACCAAAUUUUGAUUUACAAUAUUUAUUUAUAGUGAUAUAGGUAGUAGGUAUGACAUCCAACUAUAAAGUGCGUUUCAAAUACUACUAAAACUGAUAACGAUAAUGUCAAAACUAUUAUUUUGAACUUGUGGUGGAUUAAGGCAAAUGAAUACUAAAAUCUAUGGUCUCAAUCCAGGAUCAUUUGGGUUAAUGCAUCCAAUAGGAUGCGGAAAGCAAAUUUCCUGUCUAGUUUCUAAUAAGUAUUUGAAACUAUUAGCAUUUUUAUAAAGAUUUUUGGUGAUUACUAUGCAGAUUGCUACUGACAGCUUACAUUUUUCAUCCAGUAUCU